AUGGGGCAGUUCAUUACUCACCACCAUGAACCCAUAUAUAUACAUGAUGAAUUUGAUACCAAGAAUGACGACGAUGAGAAACAAACCUUUGAAUCAACAGACAGUGAAAUGACGGUAGAAAGCGUUGGCAAACUCAGUUCCGGGUUUAUCAGGAAAAUAUCAAUACAAGAGAGUCAAGAACGCUUCUUGCAGGAUAAG